AUGAAGAUCACUGAAUUUGCCUAUCAGUGGACGACUCAGAUGGGCUACCCAAUGGUCACUGUGGAAGCGUUCAAUGCAACUUCUUUGAAAGUAACACAAAUUCGGUACAAGGCGAAUAAGGAUGCUCAAGAGCAGGAAAAGUACCGUCAUCCGAAAUAUGGGUUCAAGUGGGAUGUUCCUUUGUGGUAUCAGGACGGCUACAAUAAGGAAAUCAAACGGACUUGGCUAACCAGAGAAGAACCGCUUUAUUUGCACGUUAACAAUGAUGACGAAUCUGUUGUCGUGAACGCUGAUCGAUACGGAUUCUAUCGGCAAAAUUACGACGUCAAUGGUUGGCGGAAAAUUAUUAGGCAGUUUAAAGAGAAUCAUGAGGUGUACAGUUCAAGAACCAGAUCCGGAAUCAUAAGCGAUGCGUUCGCUGCGGCAAUGGUUGACGAUCUCGAGUAUGAAACUGUAUUCGAUCUUCUUGAAUACGCCAAGAAAGAAGAGGAAUACCUGCCUUGGGAAGAAAUAAUGUCUGGAUUUGACACAAUUCUUGAAUAUUUUGGUAAUGAACCAGAGUCAAAGUCGGCUAAAGAUUACAUGAAAAAUAUAAUGAAGCCGAUGUACAACAAGAGCAGCAUUCAAUAUAUCAGCGAUACCUACAAGAACGAUUCCCUGUUCUUCGAAAACAAUCUUCAAAAAGCUAUUAUUGGAGAGUUCUGUCGUCUCGGAUCAAAAGAAUGUAUUGCAACGUAUAAAAAUAUUUUCGACGAAGAAGUCAUGAAGAAAUGUAAGGAUCGUCAAGCAGCAAGCGAAUGCGUGAGGUACUAUUUCCUUUCGUAG